CUCAAUUUAGUGUUUAUGCAUAACCAGGGUCAGGUUCCUUGGUCAACGGAGCUCUUUGAUUGUGGUUCUGACAUUCACAAUUGUUGUAUAACCUGUUGGUGUCCAUGCAUUACCUUUGGCCAGAUUUCUGAGAUCGUAGAUAAAGGAUCUUCCUCUUGUGGAGUAAAUGGAACACUUUACAAGCUUAUUUGCAAUGCAACUUCUUGUCCUUGCAUCUACUCGUCUUUCUAUCGUGCGAAAAUGCGGUAUCAAUACUCAUUGGAAGAGAGUUCUUGUAAUGAUUGGGUUGUCCAUUGUUGUUGUGAGGCUUGUGCAUUGUGUCAAGAAUAUCGGGAGCUUAAAAGUCGUGGGUUCAACAUGUCAAUAGGAUGGCAUGGUAAUUUGGAGAAUCAAAAUCGCGAGGUUAUGAUGGCUCCAAUUGUUCAAGGAAGAAUGAACCGAUCGAAUGAAGGUUUAGAUCAUGAAAAUUUGAAUGAACCGGAUGAAUGA